UAUUCAGAGGAUGAUGAUACUGUAACAGACACCGGUAGAACGUUAAGCAGUGUUGCGGAUCACCAUGAUUCUCCGCCAUUUAUGAAUGUAAACGAAGACGAGGAAUCAAUUUCUUUUAUUGAAAAGAUGAUGAAAGAUCCAGAUAACGGCCAAGUAUCUCGAUACCAAAAUACAUACUUUAUGGAUGGUGGCAAUCGAUUUAUCUCUUUACCUACGCUUGGUAACACGAGUACAAAAGCAGCUUCUCAUAUUUCCCGAGUGUUCGAGGACUGGCUCCAGAAUAAAUUGUACCAUCAAAGCAAUGACGGGCUGGAAAGGUUACCUAUUUUAGAGGAUUCGGUUGAACUAUUAGCGGAGGAUAUUGUCAACAAAUUAAAGUCAAGAAAUUCAGUUCGGGGUCUAACCGGUCUUUCCCGCAUUUUCAUAAAAAUCAGAACUGGACAUGUUUAUACAUAUCAUCAAUUAGAAGAUGGUCAACCUUUAAUCACUGCCGACAUGGAAGACUUUUUCCAGCAAUUUCCCUUAUUCGUUGAAAUCAUUAUUCACACCAUGCCAAAGGAAGAUCAAUCAUCAGAUGAUGUUCAACUAUUAUUGGCUGUCGAAAAUAUCACUGUAAAUCCAUCCGAUCCAUAUCAUAUUAAGGAAGAUCUACAACUCGUAGCUUAA